AUGUCUUCUUCAUCUUCUCUCACAUUAAAAAUUCUUUAUGGCAGUGAAACAGGUAAUGCUCAGGAUGUUGCGGAAACAUUAUGGAAUGAUGCACGAUAUCGCAAUAUCCCCGCUGAAGUGCGUAGUUUUGGAGAUUAUACGGUGCAGAACUUGAAUAAUGAGCAUUGUGUGGUAUUUGUAGUUUCAACCAGUGGACAAGGUGAAAUGCCAGCUAGCAUACGUUACAAUUGGAGAAUUUUAUGUUGUAAAACGAUACCUAAAAAUUUACUGCAAAAUGUUCAUUUAGCUGUCCUUGGACUUGGUGACUCAACUUAUCAAAAGUACAACUUUGCAGCGAAGAAGUUGUACCGAAGGUUAAGCCAGUUAGGUCCGUCGUUUUUGAUGGAAUUAGCUCUAGCGGACGAUCAGCAUGAAUUAGGCAUCGAAGGAACGUACGAGUAUUUUCGGGAUGAAUUAUUUCAACAAAUCUGGAAAAUGGACUUGUAUCCGGGCAUGAUUUUGAAUCCUGAUGACAGCAAAUGUUUGCUGUCACGUUAUGAAAUCAGUUACGAUGAGGAUUCUUUUCCAAUUCAAAAUAGCAAAGAAAAUUCUUUCAUACAAACAACAGUCUUAAACAAUAAACGUUAUUCUCCUGGUGAUGUGAUAAUGGUACAUCCGAAUAAUUUGAAUGAAACCCUUAGUAUAGCUUACAAAGCGUUAGAUAUUGAUGAUGAUCUACUAGAUCGGCCUAUCACAUUACGCUCACGUGAAACUUGCAUCUCACUGCCUCCUUCUUAUCUGUACAAAGGCACAUUAUCAUUACGGAAAUGUUUUGAAUGUUAUUUUGAUUUGCAAAUGGUUCCACGAAGAUCAUUUUUUCGAACGCUUGGAAAGUUGUCAACAGUAAACGAUGAGAAGGAACGGCUUCUUGAGCUAGCGAAAUAUAUUGAUGAUUACAUGGAUUAUUGUUGGAGACCGAGGCGAACAAUUGCAGAAACAUUGCGAGACUUUCAUGCAACAGCUCGAGAUAUACCCGUAGAAAUGCUUUUCGAAGUUUUUCCUCUCAUUCGCCCACGGGCAUUUAGUAUUGCUUCAUGUCCUUUGACACAUGCGGCUAUCCAACUGCUCGUUGCUAAGAUUGAAUAUAAAUCAAAGCGGAUGACAGCCACACGAUUAGGUUUAUGUAGUAAUUAUUUAAGUCGAUUACAGGAAGGUGAUGCUGUUCUGGUGAAGACUCGUCCAGGAACAUUUAGAUGGCCUACCAAAAACAACACAUUGAUUUUGGUUGGGCCUGGUACUGGUGUCGCACCAUUUCGGUCAAUUUUAGCUUAUCGUAAAAGGCAGUUGUGCGAUGGAAAAGAAAAUUCGAUAUUAUUCUUUGGAUGUCGAGGGGCUCAGAGAGACUUUUAUUUCGCUGAAGAAUGGCGUACAUUGACAGGAGCUCGCGUUAUAACAGCAUUUAGUCGAGAUCAGCAAAAUAAGGUAUACGUACAAAAUAAGAUUCAAGAGUAUGGUGAUGAAAUAUGGAACCUUAUAAAAAACGAUAAUGCAUAUGUUUUCAUAGCAGGAAGGGCUGGUAAUAUGCCACUUGAAGUAACCGCAAGCAUAGAAAAUAUUGUGGAUGCAAACGGUGAAAACGGUAAACAAUUCAUACAAAUGCUUGAAAAAAAAGGUAGGCUACAAUAUGAAACGUGGAACUGA